AUGAACGGAACAGAAGGAGGACAGACGGCAGAAUUUGACAACAUUCGACUGCCGCUCGACCGGGCUACAUUGGACGCAGCCCUCGGUAAGAGGAAAGUGCAAGCUAUAGAUGUGGAUGGUCAUCUACUAUACGAUGAAGAAAAAAUAACGACCGAUAAAUUGACUGAACAGCUGGAGAGAGUAUGGAACGAAUACCCAAACGGACUGCUUGAUAUCAAUGAAAAGAGGUUGGAGAGACUACCACCUGAUGAGGAUGCAGUCGAGAAGGAAGAAUCCAAGGAGAAUCCAGAGAAAGAACGGGAUUCGUUCAGGGUGAUGAGCAGAGGUGAUAUGGAUCAAUUGCGGACUGAAGUGCAUGAACAACUCAAUGCCGCUCGUAAUGAACUUUGGUUUGUCCUCGAACUCGCCAAAACCCUCUCUGUCUCUUCCAGCUUCACCAACCAGGCCCCACCUCCUCCCAAGCAGCAGGCAGACGCCGGGCCGAAGAAGGGGAAACAAAAAAACCCCAAAGCGAACGAAGCAGACACCAAGACCUCAACUCUUUCUACCUCUGUACCGCAAGAACCACCAGUCUUACCUCCUGGAACAUUCUCCGUUACACCUUCGUCACAACCUACCAAACCUUCCCAUACUCAGGUACACGAACUUGAGUUAGUCCUAAAAGCAAAACAACAGGCAUUGGACGAAUGCUCCGCUUUGAUAAAUUCGGCGGUAUCAGAAUUGCAGAUGAUGGCCAGUGCUGGAGAUAGGUUCUGGAGAGACGUUAGAUUGUUGAAAGAUGGACAAAAUGGCAGAGAUCAAUGGGCAACAGUGCCAAAGCCUGAUUUUGGAAGGACCAUUGUGGAAGGGGAAAAGUCGAAAGAUAUAAUAAUACCUUAUUCCAUCGAUGAAGCUCCCCGAGCCACGAGAUCACGUUGUCUGGCUGCGUUCGACCUUGAUCCUACCAAAGAAGUCGCUCUCACUUUCGGUUCCAGAUCGCAUUCACGCCUAAGGGCUACAUUGAAAGAUGUCUCUGGAGCUGUGGUGGGGUCUUCCCCUAUCAUCGUGGGAGAUGCAUCAGAUGUGAGGGCACAGAUGGAAGCUGCGCAGAUGGAGGCUUUUGAUGAGGAUCUUUUCAGUGUACUCCGCUAUGAAGCUUCCCAGAUGUCGAAGAGUGAGCUAGAGUCGAAGUCGGUAUCGCUCCCUGCGGCAGAGUACACUCUUGCCUUUGGGCUGUAUGACACCAGAACUCGUUCCCAGAUUCCAACUUCUCCCUUAUGUGACCUCAUUGUAUCUUCGGCUCGAUCAAACCUUCUCUGUCUGCAUCGUUACCGCAAAACUAGAUUGGUAUCCCCCAUGUCAUCGAGUACAGCGUCACCUACUACGUCACCUACUAUACUCCAACCCAUCGUUCACGCAUUAAGGUAUCGACAACUCUGCAAUACCAUCAACUCCACUCUGAGUAACUUCGCGAGCAUUUUCAAGACAGCAGGUUUAGAAGCUUCUUCGACUUGCCAGAUGAUUGCUGGCCAAUCUUCGUCGGAAGCAAUCAGUGAGUUCUUGGUUGGUCUAUCGAAUACAAGCAAGUUGAGUGGGACCUAUCGAUUGGGUGUCCCUGGUUGUCGCGGAGUGAAGAUCGAUGCCCAUGCUCCUUUCAGGACUAGUGUGACAUUGACCAACGCCACAUUCGAUCUCUCAAACCCCGAAGAACUAUCACAUAUCUUAUCCGAGGAGUUUGCGACUCAGCUACUUGGUCUGCUUUAUUCUGAACUCCGGAACAGAAUAUCGGAUGCGUCGAUCAGGUCCAGAGUGUUUUUGGACGAAUUAGAAGGGAUGAUACAUCUUUCUCAGAUCGGUCUCAUAAGAAUUUCAAUACCCCCUCCAUUUCAUACGAUUUUGAUCAACGUCGAUCAAUCACCCGAAGUGAGACUUCCUGCAACCGAAUUACCACAAGGAUACGAUGCCCGACGUGAUGGACAUUUGCAGACAUGGAUCGAUAAGGUAGUAGAGAAGCUGAUCGCGGGGUAA